AUGGAAUACGAAACCGUAAUAGGCUUGGAAGUCCAUGUGCAAUUGCGGACGCAGAGCAAGAUGUUCUGCUCCUGUCGCGCCGACUACCAGAGCGCCCCGGUCAACAGCCGCGUGUGCCCGGUGUGUCUCGGGCUGCCCGGCGCACUACCGGUCAUCAACAGGCGCGCCGUCGAGUAUACGGUGAUGACCGGCCUGGCGCUCAACUGCGACAUUCCCCGCCUGACCAAGUUCGAUCGCAAGAACUACCCCUACCCCGACCUGAUGAAGGGCUACCAGAUCUCUCAAUACGACCUGCCCCUCGCCAUUGAUGGCCGCCUGCAGAUCGAGACCGAGGCCGAAACGAAGGCCGUAGGUGUGACCCGCGUCCACCUCGAGGAGGACGUCGCCAAGCUGCAACACUUCCCAGCCGACAGCGGAGGCUACAGCCUCGUCGACGUCAACCGCUCCGGAGUCCCGCUGAUGGAGAUCGUCAGCGAACCCGACAUGCGCUCGGCAGAGGAAGCCCGGGCCUACCUCACGACGCUCCAUUCCCUGCUGCAGUACCUGGGCGUGUCCACCGCCAACAUGCAGGACGGCAGCUUCCGCUGCGACGCCAACAUCAGCCUUCGGCCCGCGGGCAGCGAGGAGUUCGGCAACCGCACCGAAAUCAAGAACAUGAACAGCUUCCGGUCAGUCUUCCAGGCCCUCAACUUCGAGAUUGAACGGCAGCGCCGCGUGCUCGAGGGCGGCGGCCGUGUCGUCCAGGAAACCCGCGGCUGGAUCGAAGGCCGCGCUGUCACGGUCUCGCAGCGCAGCAAGGAAGACGCCCACGACUACCGCUACUUCCCGGAGCCUGACCUCCCGCCGCUCGACAUCGACCCUGUUUGGGUCGAGGAAAUUCGCGGUCGCCUCCCCGAGCUCGCAACGCAACGCUGCGCCCGGUUCCAGCAGGACUACGGCCUGUCCGAAUAUGACGCCCGCCUGCUCACCGACAGCAAAGCCAUGGCCGACUACUUCGAGACCGCAGUUUGCCUGCAGGCGCUGUCGGGAGACGCGCUGAACUCCCACGCCAAGCAGGUGAGCAACUGGAUGCUCGGAGACCUGUCUGGACUGCUGAAUCAGGACAACCGCGACAUUUCUGAGUCGCCAGUUUCGCCCGAAAGUCUGGUAGAGUUGAUAGGCUUGGUUGGCGAUGGGAUCAUCAGCGUAACCAUGGGCAAAACCGUGCUGGAAGAGGCCUACAACACCGGCGGAAAGCCAAGGCGGAUCGUCGAGGAACGCGGCUACACCCAGAUCAGCGACACCUCCGCUGUAGAACCCGCCGUCUUCGAGGCUCUGGAGGCCAACCCCCGCGCCGUGGCCGACUACCUUGGCGGCAAGGAAUCCGCCGCCAAAUUCCUAGUCGGACAGGUUAUGAAAAUCACCCGGGGUCAGGCCAAGCCCGAUUUGGUGAAUCAACUGGUGACGGCCGCCCUCGACCGGGCGAAAGCCGGGGUUGACUGA